AAUCGUAUAUGCGCAACCCUUAAUCUACUUAAGUGUGAGUUUGACAGAGCCGUUGAGUCCCUUGAAGAACAGCAAGCUUGCACAGAGAUCACUUGCAAAGAUCUGAAACAAAAGCAAGAAAUGAUUACGGAAGAUGUGAAGAUUUGCUGGGAAACAACGCAGAAAUUGGAAGGUCUCUGUAAAUGUCUGGAGGCUAAAAGCGUUUUUAUGAAGGAGGAUUUGGAUUUAUUAACAACAGCCGUAAAAAGCUUAUCACAUUCAAUAGAUUUCAGUGAUAUUGUCUUUGAUGCCCCAGAGGAAACCAAGUGGUUUACAGGAAGAGAAAAGGAAAUUAAAAACCUUGAAAAGUUCCUUCCACUGAACGAAUGCAGCGGAUUGAAAAUGGCAGCCAUUUGUGGUCUCGGAGGAUGUGGCAAAAGUACUUUAGCA